AUGAUUGGCACAGAGCUGCUUGAACGGUGAGACAUGGCGGAGUUAGUCGGCUGACAGAGGGAGGAAAUGUUACAGCGAGGGAGAGCGAGAGACGCUUCUUGAAGAGUUUUUCUUUUUCUUUACACUUUUCAACAUGUCGACAGAAGUGGACUUUUAGGACUGCAAUGUCUCCGUAACGUGCGCGGAGCGGAACUCGGAGAGACGCCCCCCCCACCCCCCCUUUCCACACACCCCACCCCCGUUUUGUCGGGAAAGGACGGAGCGGCGGCUGCUGGGGGGGAAACGUGUUGUCAUCUACGCGCAGUCAACAGCCUUGGGCAACAAAUAUGGCUACUUCUUGUGUAUCCUCCGACUCGGGUGGAAACAUCGUCCCGGCCGGGUCGCCUCGAAUAGUUUCGGCGAGUUACGACACUUAGUACGAGGUGAAGUUAACCACCGAGCAACGUGGAUUUGUCCCCGAGGCUGAUUCCUUCUUUCUUUUUUUUCAUUUUCCUGCCGGAGCAGAGGCGACACUCCGAUGGAGCCCAAGAAUAAAGAGUUGUUGGAUAAAUGUUACCACAACUUGGUGGAGUCGAUUACAGAUGCGGACCGAGUGGCGGAUGUGCUGGCUCACUGCGGGACCCUGAGCCAGUCAGAGCGCCACGAGCUGGGACACAACUGCUCCACCAAUUUGGAAAAAGUGGACCUGCUCCUGAAGAUCCUCGUGAGUAAGGACCGAGACCACUUCGCGGAGUUCUGCACGGCCCUGGAGAAGACGCACCCACACCUGCGGUCCGAGCUGCUGACUGGCUCCGGACCAGUGGAUCACACCACCGGCUCCACUUACAGCAUCUUGUCCACCAUGCCGUCCGACUCGGAGAGCAGCAGCUCCCUCAGCAGCUUAGGUACUCCCGGUCAAGCCUCCUCCCCUCCGCCUGCCCACAUGGACGGCCACCAGGUCAACGAGAAGAUGGAGACCGUUCUGUUCCAGCUCAGACAUGUGACCAGAGAGCGGGACGAGCUACGCAAACGCCUGGCUCUCUCUUCACCCGGAACCACCUUCGAUGACUGCAGACCAAACUCUAAAUCGGGUCACGACUACGAGCGGCUAAAGCUGCAGUGCAUGAAGGCGAUGGCAGACCUGCAAUCCCUGCAGAACCAGCACAGUACCACCCUGCAGAGGUGCGAGGACGCUGUGAAGAAAGCCGACUUCUACCAUACGCUGCAGAGCCGCCUGGCGAGCGAGCAGGCCCAGCUGAAAGAGGAGCUGGAGGCCAUGAGACGGGACAACAUCCAGCUGGUCAGGGAGCACAACCACAUGAAGCAGGCCUGCGAGGAGAUGAGGAGGCUGCACGAGGACGACCAGAGAGAGGUGGCUGAAAUGAGGAUUCUGCACCAGCAGGUGAUGAGAGACGGGUCAUCUGAUGUCCUCAACAAGCUUUAUGACUCCACUGUUGACAAGUUGGAGGCAUUGAAGAGUGACUACGAGGCUCUGAGGAAGCGCUACAACGAGAAGACGGCCGGUCACAACGCAGACCUCAGUCGCUUGGAGCAGGCUGAGGAGGAGAACCACCGGCUGCAGAGACAGCUGGAUAUGCUGCUGAAGCAGAGGGAUGCUGCCAUCCACUAUCAGCAGCAGUACUCCUCGUCUAUAAGAAGGUUUGACAGCACACAGCAAGAACUUUCCAAAGCCACUGCUCAGAACACGGAGCUGCAGCGAGAGAUGGACCGGCUGCAGUCGGAGGCGACACGGCUGAAGACCCAGCAGCUCAAGGCGGUGAAGGACGGCGAGAAGUACAGAGAGGAGCGGGACUCUGUGAUCAAUGAGUACCGCCUGAUCAUGAGCGAGCGCGAUCAGGUGAUCAAAGAGGUGGACAGGCUUCAGACUGGGCUGGAGAUGGCGGAGGCGAAGCUGAUGAACACUUCCUCAGAGAGACGGGUGGCCGGUGACGAGCUGGAGGCUCUCCGACAGGAGCUGGCCUCUGCAUUGGUGGACAGGGACCGGGCCAUCUGUGAAAAGAACGAGCUGCUGGAGAGAUACUGCCACGAGGUGAAGGACAAGGCCGAGGCCCAGAAAGAGCUGAGCCAGGCCUGCAAUGACAUCGAGACGGCGCGCGAGGAGAGGGACGUGGCACGCAAGGAGAGGACCGAGGCCAUCAUCCAGAGGGACCAGCUGCUGCGAGAGUAUUACCAGGCCAGACAGAAACAAGACUCUGCCACCCUUGACAUGGAACGAGCCAACAAGGAGAUUGACAUCCUGAGGAAGCAGUAUGAGGCCAUUUCUCAGGAGCUGAAAGAAGCCGCGCAAGAGGCCGAGGUAGCCAAGUGCCGACGAGACUGGGCCUUUCAGGAGAGGGACAAGAUAGUGGCCGAGAGGGAGAGCAUACGCACGCUAUGUGACAACCUGAGACGGGAGCGGGACCGUGCUGUGAGCGAUCUGGCAGACGCGCUGAGAAGUCUGGACGACACGAGGAAGCAGAAGAACGACGCAGCGCGCGAAAUGAAAGAGCUAAAAGAAAAGCUGGACGACCAGUUAGAAAAGGAAGCAAGGUUUCGUCAGCUGAUUGUUCACAGCUCACACGAUUCAGCCAUCGACACCGACUCGAUGGAGUGGGAGACGGAAGUUGUGGAGUUUGAGAAGCGAAGAGACAUGGAUUUGAAAGCGCUUGGGUUUGAAAUCGCUGAAGGGGUAAAUGAUCCUUAUUUACCAGGAGAUGGUGGCGUUUUUGUCAGUAAAGUGGAUAAAGGAAGUGUUGCUGAAGGAAGGUUAAGGGUGAACGAUUGGUUGUUGAAAAUGAAUGAUGUGGACCUGACCAAUAAGGAUAGGACACAGGUGAUCAAAGCGGUGCUGAGCGGCGAGGGAGUGAUCAAUCUGGUGGUGCGCAGGAGGAAGUCACUAGGAGGACGGAUCAUCGCUCCGAUCCAGAUCAACCUGGCUGGACACAAAGACAGCGGCAUCGGUCUGGAAAGUGGAGUGUUUGUUGCCACCUUGACUCCGGGCACUCCAGCAGCCAGAGACUGCGCUCUCACUGUCGGGGAUCGACUGUUAGCUAUCAAUGACAUUGCUCUUGAUAACAAGUCACUCUCUGAAUGCGAGUUUCUGCUGAGGAGCUGCCGUGAUUCUCUCAGCAUCUCCCUCAUGAAGUUCCUACCGCAGAGCUACUCAGGGCAAAGUUUAUUUGAAGGUUCGAGAGACUGUCGGCUCCAGCCUUGUGAGAUUCACGCCGGGAACUGCAGGAACUCCAAGCACAACUGCUCCACGCAAACGGACAUUUGCAGCUGUGACUUGUGUGUCAAAAGGGACGAAGCGUGCAAGGACACGGGGGACUCUUUUUCCAACAGCUUCCCGUAUUCCCGCUCCCCUUUCAGCCCUCGCAGUCCCUCGGAGCCCCGCCCGGACUUCUGCCACGGGAGGCCCGAGCUCCACCACCGGCCCUUCACCUUCACCCCUGCGCUCUCCAAGUGCAGCGCUCCACAGAACGCUUUGGACAGAUUACUAAGCUCAUCGGCGAAGCCCAGUGUAGGCACGUGGCCAAAAGUCCCAACGGGAGUUUCGGUUCCUGAGUGCACACAGCUCUCCAUAUACAAAAGGGUCAAACAGAGGAAGUCCAUCUUGGAAGGGAAUGCCUUCAGGAGACCGGAGACGUCCUCGAAGCUGGACUACAUGUCGCUUUCCCAAAGCUUCCCAAAUCACUUGCCGCCGAGCUCCAUAUCUGAAUCCAACCCUCAAACCCCUCCCACCCCGCCAGUCCGGAGUGACUCGUUCAGGUUCAGACAUCGCCAGCAGAACAGCUCGUCCUCCGACUCCACCACCACCGCCAGCACUCCACCUGGCAACCCGGUUCGGGCCAUGAGCCCACGGGACCAGGGAGAGGCAGGGCACCAGCUCUAUUACGCCGACGGCCCCACAGGGGAGGCCAGAAGCAGCUGCUCAAAAGCCGCUGAGCAGGAGGAGGGCCGGAGCAGAGCGGAGGAGCGCCGGCCGAGGAGGCGGUACCGGCCCAAAUCGGCACCGACACUGCGGCCGAAUGUCACUCCAAUUCACAUCCCCGUCGCCAUGCAGGUGCAGAGUUUCUCUAACGACGAGCACUCCCCAGAGCCGAUGCUCUCGGAGCGCUUCUCGCCCAAUCGCUCCAAUCGGUACGGCAUGCACUCUGCACCCCCCAGCCACGGCAGCCGCACUUCACACACGGCACAGCAAGGUUUAGCCCCGCGUCCCGCGGUGAAGGCGGUGAUUACUAACCCAGUGUACCCCCCCUGGAGCCAUGAGAUCCAGACCAACAGAUAUCCUCCAGCGUCCAGCUCGGGCGUCCAGCCACGUUCACACACAAGCCCUCGGCAUCAAGGUUGCCUCAGCCUGGACCUCGGCCACAAGCUUACUGGAGACUCGACGGCGACGAGCUGCAUCCAACCACCACACAGCACCAACUCCCUGCCCUCCAGUAAUAUGUCCUGUAAACAAACGUUUAAUGGCUCUUCCUACACUCCUCAGUGCAAGGCAGAGCGCGUUAGGAUCGUUCCAACCCGUUACCCGCGCUCCACUGGGUCAGACAAAGGCUCCCGCUCGCAUUCGGAGUGCAGCAGCCCGACGCCUCCGAUGUCCCCCGUCAACUUGGAGGAGACAUCGUCUUUCACCAGCAGCCAAUCGCAGAGCUCCAUUUCCACCCAGCCCAGGAUAUCCGUCAGCCCCGCUGCCGUUGGUGACAGGCGGAAGGAUGGGCCGUACUUGGAGCCUCGCAACGUGAUGGUACGGAAAGGAGCAGAACCACUGGGGAUCUCCAUUGUGAGCGGAGGGAACGGAGGAGUGUUUGUGUCCAAAGUGACAGCAGGCAGCAUCGCACAUCAAGCUUGUUUAGAGUACGGAGACCAACUCCUCGAGUUCAAUGGAAUCAACCUUCGCAACGCCAACGAGCAGCAGGCGCGGCUGGUCAUCGGGCAGCAAUUUGACACGGUCACCAUUUUGGCUCAGUAUAACCCUCACAUGUUUCAGCUGGGAAACCACUCUCGUUCAGGUUCUCGUAUGGAGUUGAUCGGCGGCCAGCCGGCUAACCGCGACAGCGGAGCGACCACCCCGGACCACGACUGCACUGCCGACCCUCUGAGUGAACGGGACGAGGGCACCACGACGCUGCCCUCCAAGCCCACCACGCCCGCCACCAGCCCCCACAACUCCUUUAGGUUUCCUGGUUGCAGUGCAACGGAGCCUCGGCUGGUGAGGCUGAAGAGGAUCCAGGUGGAGCUGGGAGUUCUGAUCUGCGGAGGCAAUCUUUAUGGCAUCUUUGUGGAGAGUUUGGAUGAUGAAAGUCCUGCUAAAUGUCCUGACGGCCUGCUGCCUGGAGACUUGAUUUUGGAGUACAACGGAAUCUGCAUGAAGAACAAAACCAAAGAAGAGGCUUACCUGGAAAUGUUGAAACCAGCCGAAACCAUUACAUUCAAGGUCCAGAACUGUGUGGACAACCUGCCUGCAAUCACAGAGUCCCCCGGAGACGGGUUUUUCAUCAGAGCACUUUAUGACCGUGGGGCCGAGGUGGAGCAGGAACUGAGCUUUAAGAAAGACGACAUCCUCUUUGUCGAAGAUACACUACCAAACGGCAAUUUUGGCUACUGGAUGGCCUGGCAACUUGAUGAGAAUGCACAGAGGUUGGAAAAGGGGCAGAUUCCAAGUAAAUACAUGAUGGACCAGGAGUUCUACCGACGGCACGGCGCGGCCGACAUGAAAGACGACAACAGCACGGGCAAGACUCUGUCGGCCGCCGCGCGGCGAUCCUUCUUCCGCCGCAGGCUGAAACACAAGCGGAGCGGAUCGAAGGACGGGAAGGAACUGAUGACUCUGGACGCCAUAAGCACAGAUUCUUUGCCCAUUAAUGAGGACGGAGUCAUCCUGAUGUACCAAAGGGUGCAGAGGGUGCAGGUCUCCUUCCCCAGACCAGUGGUGGUCUUGGGUCCAUUAGUGGAGGCCAGUAAGGACAUGUUGGUGAAGGAGGUUCCGGACCAGUUCUGUCGCUGUCUUCCCGAGAUAAUGAAGGCUUCUCAGCAGGCGAUAGAGCGCGGAGUGAAGGAUUGUGUGUUCAUCGACUACAAACGGAGGAGUGGCCAUUUUGAUGUGACCACCGUAGCUUCAAUAAAAGAGAUCGCAGAGAAGGACUGUCACUGUUUACUUGACAUCGCACCUCACGCCAUCGAGCGUCUUCACAGCGUUCACAUCUACCCAAUCGUCAUAUUCAUUCGCUACAAAAAUGCCAAACAGAUAAAAGAGCAGAAGGACCCAUUGUACCUGCGGGAUAAACUCUCACAGAAACAUUCCAAGGAGCAGUAUGAGGCGGCACUGAAAGUAGAGCAGGAGUACAGCCGCUUUUUCACAGGCGUUGUCCAGGGAGGCAGCGUCGCCUUCAUUUGCACUCAGAUAAUGACCCUCGUGGAGCAGGAACAGAGCAAAGUACUGUGGAUUCCAGACGGAGCGCCGUAGAAAUGUCCCCGCACACACAUUAUUCCAAAAACCGUAGAGACGAUGAGAUUAUUUGUAUGUUUGGGAACUCGAUGGCUAUUCACAUAUAGCAGUAUCUGCACUGAUGGUGACCAUGUAAUAUUCCCACUAUAAUCAUUUUUACUACAGUUAGAUUUGUUUACACUAGUAUUGAAUACUUGAAUGUUUUAUUUCCCCUCGCAUCUAGUAGCACUCCUUUUUUAAUCCCACUUUGUACCACGAAUAUGUCAAACCACAGGACGUCUGCAUCCACGCAAACUGAGGACUUUCUUCUUGAAGUGAAGAUGCAAGUGGACCACUGUGUUCCCUUCUCUAUAUUUAUACGUAUUUUCCUGCCGAGUAACUUAUGAAAUCAAAGAUGUUGCCUCUGAACUUUUUGUUAUAAAAGUGUAGUUUUGUAGAUGAUGGGAAAGAUAUUUUCCAAAUCAAUGUUCUAACUUUCACAUUAGUGAGUUGUCUGUCCUAUUUUUCUCCUUUUUAUAGCUCAGUCCUUUCAUUCAUCAUUUUAGCCCUAAAAAUGUUAUUGUGCCAAGCUUAAAAACAUCUUCUCACCCAUCCUUAGUUUAUUAACACUACAACAUCCUCUGUAUAUAUGUGUGUGUGUGUGUGUGUGUGUGUGUAUAUAUAUACACACACAUAUAUACAGAGGAUGUUGUAGUGUUAAUAAAGCAGCAGGUGUUUUCUUUACACCACCCAGUUUGUGUGGUUUUACUGGUGUUGCCAAUCUGUCCAUCUUUGUCGUGUGGAUUUUCUUAAGAAGGGUUAUUUAAUUUAUGGUUCCUGGUUGGCUGUCAACUAAACACAUUUACAUGCAUGUCUUGUCAACAUUUCAUGUUCAAGUUGGAUGAAAUGAUCUGGGACCGCUCCUAAUGAAGGUUAAUAUUUCUAUAAAAUAUUAAAAAUGGAGUACAUGGAAAGCCAGUUGUCUGUGUUUUCCAUUGAAAUAUAGGUUGUGUUUACUCUCCUGAUCUUUGAGGCUUAUUAUUACAUUUUGGUUCAAGCAGUGUGUUUUGUCGAGGAAAAAAUGCCAUAAGUUGGACCUCAACAAUGUUCCCCUCUUGUCCACCAGAGAGAGUAAACCACUCCUAUAGGUUGCAAGUGGUAAGAUUCAUGCCCCACAUGAGCGUGUCUGUCUAAGUGAUACAUUCUCUACUUUACCGAGUUUGGUAACUUGUUGGUCAACAUAGUUCCACAAGUGAAGAAACAUUUACUUCUCUUUAGAGCGCAUCACUUAGAUACAAAAUCAAAGCCCAAUAUCAUAGGAACGUGUUAAAAUAUAAAUGUCAUCGGGUUCCUCAUUUUUUGCCAAUC